AGAAAAAAAAUUCCCCUCCCUCUGUUGCUUCACGCCUGCCGCUGCUCCCCUGAGAUCCAACCUUAAUUUCCAGUGAUCUUCCUUCUCCCUCGAAUCUCUCACUGUAUUUGAAGCCUUAAUCUACUUUCGGUUGUCUCCUCUCCGGCGAGCUUCCACUUAGCGCCGCUGAAAUUGCGAGGUUCCGAUCGUCUCCUUCGUGGUUGCGUUAACAAGGAGAGCUCUGAGUUUCUGGUUCACCAGUAUUUCUCCUUCUCAACGAUUGGGCACAUUGAAGGAACCAGUAGAAGACAGUAAAAAUGAGCAAGUAUGGCUUGCAGCUUAGGGUUAAGCCAUCGCAGCAGAAGCAGCCUACAAGACCACCCCUUCCUCCUUCCCUGGGAUUUCAAGAUGAUGAUGAUAAUGAUGUCGAGAGAGAGAUAUCCCGCCAAGCUACUAAGAAUAAGGCCCUUAAGGAUAUUGAGGAGCAACACAAGAAAGCAUUAGAGGAGGAUCCAUCUGUUUUUGACUAUGAUGGUGUCUAUGAUGAAAUGAAAGAAAGGAUGGUUCAACCUCGAGCACAUGAUCGUGAAGAGAGAAAGCCUAAGUACAUCCAAAAUUUGAUGAAAAAGGCAAAAGAGCGAGAAAGGGAGCAGGAGAUCAUAUAUGAAAGAAAACUGGCCAAGGAGAGAAGCAAAGAGGAUCAUCUUUAUGCUGGUAAGGACAAAUUCGUCACUGGUGCCUACAAAAAGAAACUUGCAGAACAAGCUAAAUGGAUGGAGGAAGAGCGUCUCCGACAACUUCGGGAGGAGAAAGAGGAUGUUACCAAAAAGAGCGACAUUAGUGACUUUUACUUCAACCUUCAAAAGAAUAUUGCCUUUGGUGCCGAAAAUGCAGUCAAGUCAAGGGAACCUCCAAAGCAGCUUCAGUCAGAGGAACAAGAGAAGCAUUCUGAAGUCAGGGAAUUGGAAAAGCAUGAAGAGAGUGCAAAUGCUGAUACGUCUAAUAACUCUCAGUCUUCGAAACAAUCCAAUUUACCUUCCCAGUCUGCCAAGAUGGUUGAAGAGCAUCCUGAAGAAGACUUUUUGGUUUCAAACAAAACAACACCAUCUGAUGUCAGCCCCCCUUCGUUACAUGAUAAAACCUCAGUUCAGGAGCAACCCAAGCACGGCCAAGGUGAACAACAACCAAAGCGCGACCAUCAUAAAAGAAGUGAAGAUGCUGUCACUGCUGCAAAAGAGCGGUUUUUGGCUCGAAAAAGAGCCAAGGAUGUGUGAAAUCCUUGUUGAGCUAGAUUAAACUGAGGGCAAAUAUGUACAUGUUACUGUUGUAUCUAGGAUAGUUGAUUAUUAUGUUCUUAACAGUAAAAUCUUUUAAUGUUUAAGUUUGUUUUUGAGUUUUGGCUGUGACA